AUGAGGAAUGCAUUAUCAGGCCACGCACGGCGCCCACUGAUACAGUGUCAUUGGGAGGUGUGGCAGCCAGGGGAGCUGCUCCUAGAGCUUCGCCGCCAUGGGCUCCGGCGGGUGCGAGCACCCGGGGUGGCUGGUAGGGCGGUUCGACCCCCCCGGGGACAGUCCUCACUAUUGCCGCGGGGCGAGUUCGCACUGGGGUUGAACAGGGCCGGCCGGGGAGGCCGUCCUAGUCGCCGACGGCAUGUCACCCAUAGUGACGUAGGGCGUUCGUACGCGUGCGACGGUUCAGUCGACGCAUGGGCCUGGGGGGGCGGUUACGACGAGCGGGGGCGAAGGCGGGAUGUCGUUAUGCUUGUUGGGGAGUGA